AUGGCCUCCACACAGAGCGUUCAAUGCUUCGGCAAAAAGAAGACGGCUACUGCUGUCGCACACUGCAAGUCUGGCGCCGGCCUGAUCAAGGUCAACGGUCGCCCGCUCUCCCUGGUUCAGCCCGAGAUCCUGCGAUUCAAGGUCUACGAACCCCUCCUCGUCGUUGGCCUUGACAAGUUCGCCAACGUGGACAUCCGCGUCCGUGUCACCGGUGGUGGCCACACAUCCCAGAUCUACGCCGUCCGCCAGGCCAUCGCCAAGUCCCUGAUCGCCUACUACCAGAAGUACGUCGAUGAGCACAGCAAGAACGCCCUGAAGACUGCCCUCGUCCAGUUCGACCGCACGCUUCUCGUUGCUGAUAACCGUCGUUGCGAGCCCAAGAAGUUCGGUGGUAAGGGUGCGCGCUCUCGAUUCCAGAAGUCCUACCGUUAA